CCACUAUGUACACAAAACAGGAAACACAUAUCUAUUCUCUUUGUCUUUGCGCGGUAUUUUUAAAACAAAAGAGCACAAUUGUCAGUGUCAUUUCAUUUUCAGAUACAAUUUUAUUUUGUAGUUUUCUUUGAAUUAUUUGUGCGAGGAAAUCAUAGUGUAUUUAAUAUAGUAUAAAAUGUGCUAUCAGUUAUUAAGUUAUUGUUCACUGUUCUUAUUAAGAACAUGACGCGAAGUCCAGACAUAUUGUUUAUGACUGAAUAUAUAAAAAAUGUAUUGUAUUUUGCCACAGUACGUCAGGGAAAACUCGUAAAAAAUACAGUUGAUACACAUUACUUCUGUAUAGAUAAUGAACUAAUAUAUGAGAAUUAUUAUUCAGACUUCGGACCUCUGAACUUGGGAUGUGUCUUCAAAUACUGCACAAUAUUGAAUGAGAAAUUAAAACUUUAUUUUAAUAAACAAGUUAUAGUGCAUUAUACGUCGGUUGAACCAAACAAAAAGGCCAACGCAGCAUUUGUAUUGGGAUGUUAUGGUGUUUUGUAUUUAAAUUUGUCGCCUAGGGACGCGUUGAAGCCACUGCUGAUACACGGACAAAGUUAUCGGUAUACUACUAUCACAAUAUGCGCAUACAUUAUAUAACUAUACGUAAUAUACUGUAGAUCUUUAAUAUGGCAACUUUGCUAAAAACACAAUUAUGUAAAGAAAAGUAUUCAUAUAUUAUAAAAUAUUAAUAUGUUGCGUUACAGCUCAUUUAUAGCCCAUGAUAACAACUGAAUAGAGAAGU